AUGAUGGCAAUUGUUGUAGCUUUGCUUUUUACUUGCUAUGGAAUUUAUCUAUUCUCUGAUUUUGUAUUAUUAUUUUUUCACGAAGCUUUGUGUUACGAUGUCAGAUAUAAAAUACCAAUAUUCGUUUCAAACUCUGCCGUUCACCCUUUUACCUAUGCUUUCUUCAAAUGGGACAUAAAGAAGGAGAUUAAAAAACUAGUGUGUAGAACAACGUUUAAAAAGGAUAACGGGAUAGAACUCAUUUAUAAAAGCAAUUCAUGUAGUAAUAUAUGAAAUGUACUUCGCUGGACAUUUUUUGAUCCCAUUGUGCAUGAUAAACUCAGUUGUGGAGUUAAGAAACUCGAUUGGUAUUACGCCUCUAGAAUACUGUUGAUUGAUAGUAUAUUGUAGCACACAUGAAGUAUGUUUCUAGUUCCCAUGAUCCUUCAGUUCAAACUAUGUGCUCUCGUAAUGGCGGUUCACGAAUAAACCCAUGUUGUUCUGUUCUACUCUUGUCGUGUUCCUCGUUCUACACUCUAACAAAUCAACAAAUACGUGGCUUAUUGCUGGACGGAAACAAUGCUCAGGGUCUUGAAAUAUAAAGAAGAAAGUAUUGUCUUUGCCCUACAUUGACCUACAAACCGCAUUCAGCUUCAAGUCCAUGGCCAGGUACUGAACAUGGCGGUCCUUUCUCUGCGCAGAGACGUAGAAACAGCGUUCCUCAGUACACCCUUCCAGGGUUUUUUUACAACUUUUGGCAUAUAACUGAUGAGUUAGAGAAAAUCCGUCAACGCCACUGGAAAGAGGGCCUAAAAAUUAGUAAACUUGCCAAUUUGGAAAAAUUUGGAAAGUGAUACGUCAAAAGCUUGCAAAGAUACUUAGCUCAGUAAAGUUGCAAAAAUUUACAGUAGAAGUUUGUAUGCUGUAGGGACAGGGAGAGGGGGUUGAUGGAACGCCUCUCUGAAGUUUUUGACUUGUUGCAGUUUUUCAAAAAGAUUUUACCUUUAGCGGAAAGCCUUUGAUGUUCUCAACAAGAUCAGUGAGGCAUAUUUUAGAAAAUCCUUAAAUAAGAAUGACCAAUUGUGGUUUCAUAUGUUCCCGUGAAAGAAAUGAUUGUUAAUGAUAUAUGAAAUAAAUCAUAUAUGAACUGCGGUAAUGAAACGAAAAUGAAGAAAUGAUCGUCGCAGUGAACCCAAUUUAUGCAAUUUCGUAAGGAAGCCUUUCACGGGAACAUAAAAGCCCAACAACUGACCUGCUCCCAAAGUCAGUGGCUUCAUAGCUCAGUUGGUAGAGCAUCGCACCGGUAAUCGCGAGGUCACGGGUUCAAACCCCGUUGAAGUCCUGAAUUUUUUUCAGGCUUCUUCACGCAAUUGCAUAAAUUGUGUUCACUGCGACGAUCAUUUCUUCAUUUUCAUUUCAUUUCCGCAGUUCAUAUAUGAUUUAUUUCAUAUAUAAUUAGCAUUGCUUUAUUUUAUUCGCAAGUUUUACUUUAACGUUAGAAGAAAUUGAAAAAACACACAUUUUCAUUCAAAAAUGGCUUUACCACCUGCUACUUUUGACGUCAUAUUUCGUAACCAUGGUAGCCGAUCAUCACUAAACUUACCUCGAAAUGCACGCGAGAGAUAAACGAACAGCUGCUGUAAACGUCAGGUGCUUAUGUUUGAUCUUCUAGGGAAAACUCUGAAAAACCUCAGAGAGGGGAGGCAUACACCCCCCAUGUAGGACUCCGAGGGUUAAUAGAAAGGUCUUAUAAUAUGCGGGUGUCAUAAUUUCACUUACUAUAGCCUAGUUUAUCCGAAGGCGGAGUUUUGUUAUUCUUUUUGCCCCAGUUGGUUAAAACGUGGAUAAGGCUAUCCAUCGGAUCAUUCUUUAUCCACUGGAUAGCGCAAUUGGUUUUCUUAAUACCUAUCCACUGUAUGGUGAUUUAUCUGACCCCAAAAAGAUACGGAUAACGAUAUCCACUCUCAGAUCAAUCUCUAUCCAGGGGAUAGCGCAAUUGGUUUUCCUAUUACUUAUCCGCUGGGUAAUGAUUUAUCCGACGGAUAGCGCUAUCCAACGUUUGAACAACUGGGCCCUAGUAGAUAGUGCUAUGGCCAUCUUUUGAACAUCCGGGACAUGUUUAGAAGCAGCACGAAUUUCAUUUUCCAUAAUUACGAAGUCCAAUGGACGAACUUUUCGGUUUUUUGUUUGCUUGUUUGUUUCUUUUCCUUGCUUUUUCUUCGAUCUUCAAGUCUCCCGGCAUUAGUCAUUAGAAUUAACAAUAGUUGAAUCAUGACAAAAUGAGACAGAGUGGCUUGUUGCGUUUGAUAACAGGUCGGAGCUUUAAGUCUCCACGAAUUUGCCUUUCGCUGAGUUAACUGAAGACAAUUUCAUUUAAAAGUAAAGUAGAACGAAGCUGAAACGAUCCAGCUAAUUGUUCUAAAUGCUUUUUGCGUUUUGCACUUUACUAGCCUAAAUUGCCCCUAAAUCCCAUCUAAUGGCGACACAAGCCAAAAAGGAAUGGGAAUUUCUACGCUUUGCAUAAAAGUUUAUUUACUGUUGACAUUCAACAAAGUUUUUAUCGCUCGAUUAAUAUCAGUUAUUGAUUUCACAACAGGUGAAUCAAGAAAAAAAUAAAACAGAGCGGCUUAUUUGCAUUUAAUAACAGGAUCCUGAAGACUCCAGAAAAUUGUUUUUCGUUGAGUUAAGCGAAUUUAAACAGACCCUUCUAACUGGUCUAUUAAAUGACUUUGCUGUCCUACAGUCAACUCAGCAAUCAUUAUCAUAAUUUGACAUAUAUAUCAAAUGGUAUAUAUUAUGUUCUUAAGAUAAGGUGCAAACCUUACCAGAUGUUUAUAAGAUAUCCUUUCCUUUCUUACCUUUCUUUCCCCAGUUAACGUGAGCGUAUAAAGCAGGAAUAAAGCUUCCAGUUAAGGUUAUGUUCCACGAUCACAGCAUGGUAUAACUUGAAUUUGAAUUUUUGGAUGAAGAACCGCCGUUAACAGAUUUGUUGAUCGCAGUUACUAUUAGUCGCAACUCCUGAACCAGAAACUGUGUUGUUUUGGAUCAGCUCCAAGCUGAACGUAAGCUGAAGUUGUCCUGUUCUCUUCAAUGGAAACUUGGUUCACGAUUCUUGGUUGGACACUAUCCAUUGUGGCGGCGGCUGGAAAUGGUUCCAUUAUUUUUCUUGUUUGCAGCAAACGACGGCUCCUCACUAAAACCAACGCUUUUAUCAUUUCUCUUGCAGUAGCGGAUCUCGGUGUAGGGGCUAGCGUUUUCCCUUCAGCGUUUUUCUGCGAAGUCGUUAAAACUAGCCAUAAUUCGUCUUCAAUAUGUAAGGAUAUCUAUAAGCGAAUACGAUGGCUGUUCGGCUACGCAUCUGUGACAAGCUUGUGUUGUUUAGUUCUGGAUCGUUACGUGGCGAUUGUUAAGCCUUUAAAGUAUCUAAAUUUUAUGAGCCGAGGUCGUGUUAUCAAAAUGAUUUUUGUUUCCUGGGCAAUCCCUGUGGGAUUUGUCAUAACUUCAUCAUUAUUUUUCUUACCUGCUCCAGUUAGAAAGAAUAUUGCUGCCAUAUUUGUUAUGUUUUGGGAGAUUUUUUCAUGCUGCUUUCUAAUAUUCUGCUUUUCCUCUAUGAUACUUGUGGUAUAUAAACAUGAUAGAUCAUCAGCCAUCUUAGCAAAACAGCUACGGUUCAACCACAGAGGUUUGACAGUCAGCAGUCAGGACAGAUCAGCAGUAACAAUGAUGGUGAUUGUAAUAGCCGUGUUUCUCGUCUGCUAUGGAAUAUAUUUGCGCUGCAGUUUAGUAGCACUUCUUGAUCUCAAAUGUAAUGAUACAGACUAUAAAAUACCCAUGUUAGUCCUGAAUUCCGCCAUCAACCCUUGGGCAUAUUCAUUCUUCAAGAGGGACAUAAAGAAGGAGAUGAUUAAGAAAUUGAUUUUCAGAAAAACUAAGAAGAAACUGCAAAAUCAAUAA